CAGCAGCAUGGCAGGCGCCUUGCGCAUAAUCAGCCUCAGUUGCAUUUCUUGGCUGACUGGGGAUUAGAACCCAUGCCUCUUAAAACCCUGCCUGACAUUCUAACCGGGACACUUGUUCAGCAGCCCAACCGACCUAUCAGGGUUGUGGAAGCAAAUGCUGCAAGCUGACUUGGGGUUCCCCACUGGGGAGGAAAGCAGGGUACAAACAAAGUAAGCAAAUAAAAACGCCAGCUCUCAAGGGUGACAUAAUUAUCCAGUAAUAAAGGCAUGUGGUAAUGUCCAGCCUCUCUCACUCGCUUGGUCAAGGCCAGAAAGACACAGUAUGCAUCUCUCUCUCUCUCUCUUUCUCUCUCUCACACACACACACACACACACACACACACACACAACUUGUGAAUGGUUUUCUCUGCCUGUAAACCACAAUCUAGCAUCUGCUCCCGCUGCCUCUGCUACGUUUGUGUCCCCCUCCCCCAGGUGCUGAGAAUGAUGAUCGGGAUCCAGGUGACCGAUGAACAACUGGAGAACAUCACGGACCGAACCAUCCAAGAGGCUGAUCACGACGGAGACAGGGCCAUCUCCUUUGAAGAGUUCUCCAAGUCUGUGCAAAAACUGAACAUUGAACAAAAGAUGAGUCUCCGGAUCCUGAAAUGAUCUACUACGGAGGCAGCAGAGAAUUUGCACCCCCAGCUUGGAAAUGAACAAACCUGGCUCUUUGUCCAAGGCGGGAAAGGGAGGAUGGAUGGAAGGAUGGAUGGAAGGAUGGAUCCAAGGCAGCAGAAUGUAUUUCCCUACGCACUGACAGUGUCUUGCAGGACUACUCAUGCAAAAAAUUUAAAAUGCAAUUUGAGGCACAACACAAGCGGCAAUUGGUAACCUCAAGACUGUUUUUGUGUGUGAGGAGAAUGGCGUUUCUGUAACUUAUCUCAGUUUAGCUGUUGUCUUUCUCUGCUCCUUAACCUCUCCCACUCCGUGUUUGUGGCAACCAAUUAAAGAAGCAAAUGAAAAAUC